AACUUAAUCAACUAAAACACCUUACCUGACCCUCUUAUGGCUGACAAUUCUCUCGCUGACCAGGUUGAAGACUUGAUCAAGAUUGUCAAAUCAACAUUGCAUUUAACCAACUAUCAAAAGCAUGAGUUAACCAAAUUACUAACCAUGACCAUGGAAAUGAUCCAGGUUAGCCGCAAUCAGGACUACGCAAAGCAUUCACGUUUGGUGGAUUCGUAUCGACAGUUGGUGAUUCAAACAAUCUCUCCGCAGAAGCAUCCAUCACGACUGAAGAGGCUGUCGAUGUUUGAGUUGCAUGACGAACAUUACAUAUCCAAUUUGUCACCGCCUCCAAGCAGAACCACAACGAACACGUCAAUGUACAGAUUCCCCCACGAACAGCAAGGACUAAACACACCCACGGAUGAGUCGACUAUCCACAACGAGACCGGAAGCGAUAGCGAGUUUGAUGACGAGAGAUCAAAUACCGUAUCGUUGGCCCAUCCCCGCACUACUAGACCCACAAUUAUUAACCGGAAACUAAAACACAUUGAACCAGACGCCCAUGCAAACCCAUUCACAACCAGCAACCUCGCAAGAACAUUUAAUAUGCCGGUUACUCCACAUAAACAACAGUCUUCAGCAACAACCACUCCCUUGCAUCUGAUGAACUCGUAUAUACGUAGGUAUUAAAAAUGUGAUAUGUGUUGCAUUUUUUUUUAUUUAAAAUUAACAAUAUAUAUGUAUAUAUGUACAAGAAAACAAAGUUAUGUCAAAAUUGUCUAUUCCAAGGUAAUCUUAGCACCUAAGCCUUCUAAGGUGGCCUUCAUCUUGUCAGCGUCUUCCUUUGGAACAUUUUCCUUCAAUACCUUUGGAGCACCUUCAACAAACUUCUUACUUUCAACCAAACUCAAUCCGAGCAAAGUCUUGACUUCCUUAAUGAUCUUUGGCUUGGAUUUGGCAUCGAAUGAUUCUAACUUGACGGAGAAGAUGGUCUUUUCUUCUGGUUCUUCCUUAGUUUCUUCUUCAGCUGGUGCUGCAGCUUGAGCGGCUGGAGCAGCACCAGCAGCAGGAAGGGCGAUAUCGGAAAUGUUUAACUUUUCCUUCAAUUCAGUAACCAAUGCGGAAGUUUCUAAUAAUGUUAAUUGGGAGAUUUGGUCAACAAUAGCGGAGAUCUUUGGAUCAACUGGAGCGGCAGCAGUAGAAUUGUGACGGAUGGCUAUGCAUGCUACUCUUCUGGAAGCAAUGGACCUUAAGGCUGGUCUAACGGCUUGACGGAUGACGGCGGACAUGGUUGUGGUGUAUCAGUGGUCUAUUUACUCUU